CAGACCCACAUUCGCGUGUCUGAGGCGGUCUGGUCGCUUUUUGUUGUCACCGCCACAGUCAAGUCGCCGGUCCUCUCCUCUCUUGCCUUCACGUUAUUAUCAUCUGCUCGCUAUGCGCUCUUUGUUCGACCCGUUCUGCUCCAGUGAGCGUCCCUCUGCCGCUCUGGGAUCAGCUGUGUAGGACGGAGCCGCGUCUCCGUCUCCAGCUGUGUGGCUCCAGUCCCGUAGGCAGGGUCGGCCAUGUUGUUGUGUGGGGGUUGAUGUAAGUUUAGUAGUAGGAAGUAGGGGCUGGAAGGAGCUGGGACACUUCAGGAUCGGACUUUGUUGAUCCGGACCAUGCCGCGGCUGGAUCCAUCCCCUGUGACCCGUGCGCUCUGGUGACGAUGACUCUGCCCUCGUGCGCGUCCCCGUCCUGAAGGAUUGUGACAGUUGCGCUGCGUUGAUUUAACUUCAGCACCAAAAUCGGACCACAAUUUCUCUCCUGGAUGGAUGGAGUAAGGAUGAAAGCGGCGCGAUCCCGGCUGGAAUAACUGGGAUUUCCCCCCGUCCAGGAUCGGUUCGAAGGGGAAGCAAAGAGGGAACAGACGGCGAGACGGACGCGCAUUUGUGAAGGCCGACGCCAUGGGCUGCAUCAAGAGCAAAGAGGACAAGGGCCCGAUGGCCAAGUGUCAGCGGGACGGCUCCCUGCCGUCGGACCCCAGCGCUGGCGCCGCCGCGCCGCACGCCGGCCACUACGGGCCCGAGCCCACCCAGCCGCAGCAGAACCAGGUCCACUCAUCCGGUGCCGGCGCAGCCAACUUCAACCACGCGCUGCACGUGGCUCCUUUCGGCGGCUCCUCGGCCGCCAUGACGCCCUUCGGCGGGAUGUCGGCCUCCUUCUGCGGCCCUGUGUCCAACUCCUUUUCCGGGGCCGUCUCAGGUGGCGUCACUUUCUUUGUGGCCCUGUACGACUACGAGGCCCGGACGUCCGACGACCUCACGUUUAAGAAGGGCGAUCGCUUCCAGAUCAUUAACAACACAGAAGGCGACUGGUGGGAGGCUCACUCCAUCAACACAGGGAAGAAAGGCUACAUCCCCAGCAAUUAUGUGGCCCCAGCCGACUCCAUUCAGGCUGAAGAGUGGUAUUUCGGUAAAAUGGGACGUAAAGACGCCGAGAGGCUGCUGCUGAACGCGGGGAACAAUCGCGGCACCUUCCUGGUGCGGGAAAGCGAAACGACUAAAGGUGCGUAUUCGCUCUCCAUACGAGACUGGGACGAGGCCAAAGGCGACAACGUGAAGCACUACAAGAUCCGCAAGCUGGACAGCGGCGGGCACUACAUCACUACACGGGUCCAGUUCGAUGCCUUGCAGAAGCUCGUCAAACACUACGCAGAGCACUCCGACGGCCUGUGCCACCGGCUGACCGCCGUCUGCCCCACCGUCAAGCCUCAGACCCAGGGCCUCGCCAAAGACGCAUGGGAGAUUCCCAGGGAGUCCCUGCGACUGGAGCUCAAACUGGGCCAAGGCUGCUUUGGAGAGGUCUGGAUGGGCACAUGGAACGGCACCACUAAAGUGGCUAUUAAGACGCUGAAGACGGGGACCAUGUCGCCCGAGGCCUUCCUACAAGAGGCCCAGAUCAUGAAGAAGCUCCGGCACGACAAGCUGGUGCCCCUCUACGCCGUGGUGUCCGAGGAGCCCAUCUACAUCGUCACGGAGUACAUGUCCAAAGGAAGCCUGCUCGACUUCAUCAAGGAGGGCGAGGGCAAGUUCUUGAAUCUCGUCCUGCUGGUGGACAUGGCUGCAAAGAUCGCCGACGGCAUGGCUUUCAUUGAGAGGAUGAACUACAUCCACAGGGACCUGCGCGCCGCCAACAUCCUCGUGGGCGAGAACCUGGCGUGCAAGAUCGCCGACUUCGGCCUGGCCAGGUUGAUAGAGGACAACGAGUACACGGCCAGACAAGGAGCCAAGUUCCCCAUUAAAUGGACGGCCCCGGAGGCGGCGCUGUACGGCCGCUUCACCAUCAAGUCAGACGUCUGGUCCUUCGGCAUCUUACUCACCGAGCUCGUCACCAAAGGCCGAGUGCCCUACCCAGGGAUGGUGAACCGGGAGGUGCUGGAGCAGGUGGAGCGCGGCUACCGCAUGCCCUGCCCCCAGGGCUGCCCCGAGUCCCUGCACGAGAUGAUGAAGCUCUGCUGGAAGAAGGAGCCGGACGAGAGGCCCACGUUUGAGUACCUGCAGUCCUUCCUGGAGGACUACUUCACCGCCACGGAGCCGCAGUAUCAGCCGGGAGAGAACCUAUAGCCUGCACGGAUCCAACCACUCCCUGCUCUCUCUCUUGUUUUGUUUCAUUAUAUUCGGUACUACACAGAUGUGACCUGUGUGAAUCCUGCAUUGUUUGUACAACUGAACAGAGUGAUGGACUGGGCGGAACCAAUACAUGUGACAUAAGCUGUGAUCAGGCCACACGUUAGAGAGCAGGCUUUCAUCUCUCUACAUUUCCCUCCAAACUGUUAUAAGUUAUAAGUAAUAA